CACAGUGCGCAGACGCGCCCCAGAGCUGCUGGGCGUUUUUGCAGCUGUCGGAGGGAAAUCAGGGGACGGCGUUAAACAACAAAGUCCAGAUGUUUGAAGUAUCAAACUCAAAAGUUUCUGCAUAUUAAUCUGAUUGAUCAUACUAAAAAUUGAGGAACAAGGACACAGGGAACGAGGGCUUUUAGAUCAGACCUACAUUCUGUUGGCCACACAUCUUUGAUUACAUGACAUCCAAAAUCAUCUAAUCCCAUUAGCUGUCUGGUGUCAGUGAGAUCGGAAAAACAGCAUCGGAAAAAUGGAGCCCAUGUUUGCCACCGGUAUGGCUGCGAAACUCCGGAGUGUGUGGGACAGAAAUGAAGGCUUGGGUCAGAACCACAAUGCUGUGAAGUUUCUGGGACAGGAUUAUGAGUCCCUAAGGGCUCAGUGCCUCCAGAACAGAACCCUGUUUGAUGACCCAUCGUUUCCAGCCUCCGGCACUUCUCUGGGUUUCAACGAGUUGGGCCCACGUUCCUCUAAGACGUAUGGUGUGCGGUGGAUGAGGCCGACGGAGAUUUGCUCGCGUCCUCAGUUUAUCAUGGAUGGAGCUACUCGUACUGACAUCUGUCAGGGAGCUUUAGGUGACUGUUGGUUGCUGGCAGCCAUUGCGUCUCUGACUCUGAACGAUAACCUCCUUCACCGCGUGGUGCCUCAUGGGCAGAGCUUUGACAAUGGCUACGCUGGAAUCUUCCACUUUCAGUUUUGGCAGUUCGGUGAGUGGGUUGACGUGGUUAUUGAUGACCGGUUGCCCGUGAAGGAUGGGAAGCUGUUGUUUGUCCACUCAGCAGAAGGUGGAGAGUUCUGGAGUGCCCUACUGGAGAAGGCCUAUGCCAAGCUAAACGGCUGUUAUGAGGCUCUCUCAGGUGGAAGCACGUCUGAGGGGUUUGAGGAUUUUACCGGUGGGGUGACAGAGAUGUACGAGUUAUUGAAAGCACCGUCUGACCUCUUCAGCAUCAUAGGCCGUGCCAUCGAGAGAGGCUCACUUUUGGGCUGCUCUAUAGAUAUUACCAGUAAGUUUGACAUGGAGUCAGUGACCUUCAAAAAGCUGGUCAAAGGUCAUGCAUACUCUGUGACAGGAGUGGAGGAGGUACUUUACAGAGGAAACAUGACUAAACUGGUGCGGAUCAGAAACCCCUGGGGUGAAGUGGAGUGGACAGGACCCUGGAGCGACAACUCUCGAGAAUGGGACAAUGUGGACAGCUCCGUUAGAGGCAGAUUAAACAACCGCAGUGACGAUGGAGAGUUCUGGAUGUCAUUCAGUGACUUCUUGCGAGAGUUCACCCGAUUGGAGAUCUGCAAUUUGACCGCAGAUGCCCUUCAGACGAAUCAGUUGAAGAAAUGGAGCUCAUCACUGUAUCAGGGGGAGUGGAGGAGGGGCAGCACAGCCGGUGGCUGUAGAAACUUCCCAGCCACAUUCUGGAUCAACCCUCAGUUCAAAUUGGCCCUACAGAACCCUGAUACUUCCAGCCAUUCAGACUGCAGCUUCCUGGUGGCACUGAUGCAAAAAGAUCUCAGGAAAAAGCGAAGAGAAGGAAAAGACAUGGAGACUAUUGGAUUUGCCAUUUACGAGGUUCCAAAAGAGUUUGCAGGUAAAUCAGGUGUACACCUGAAGCGAGAUUUCUUCCUCAGUAAUGCGUCCAGUGCCCGCUCAGAACUCUUCAUCAACCUGAGAGAGGUGAGCUCUCGUUUCAAACUGCCGGUGGGGGAGUACAUCAUCGUUCCAUCCACCUUUGAGCCAAACAAAGAGGCUGACUUCGUCCUCAGAGUAUUCUCAGAAAAACCUGCCAACUCAGAAGAAAUGGAUGAUAAAGUCACAGCUGACAUUCCUGCUGAGCAACAUCUGGACGAGAGUCAAAUUGAUGCUGGCUUUAAGAAUCUCUUCCGACAGUUAGCUGGAGCGGACAUGGAAAUCAGUGUCACAGAGCUGCAGACCAUACUGAACAGAAUUAUCAGCAAACAUAAAGAUUUGAAGACAGAUGGUUUUGGUAAAGAAGCCUGUCGUAGCAUGAUCAACCUCAUGGAUACUGAUGGGAGCGGGAAGCUCGGCCUCACAGAGUUCCAUGUAUUGUGGGAAAAGAUUAAACGUUAUCUGACUAUCUUCAGGGAUCAUGAUCUUGAUAAAUCUGGAACUAUGAGCUCUUAUGAGAUGCGAAAAGCCCUGGAGACAGCAGGUUUUAAGCUGAACAAUCAUUUAUUCCAGCUGAUUAUCAUUCGAUACACAGAGGAAGACUUUACUGUGGAUUUCGACAACUUUGUAACCUGUUUAGUGCGGUUGGAGACCAUGUUCAAAACCUUCAAGACCCUGGACACAGACGGUGAUGGAAUUAUGUCACUCACAUUCUUUCAGUGGAUUUCUUUGACCAUGUUUGCCUGAAAUGGACACAGAUUCUUGCCCAGUCUCUGCAUCUUUGCCUCUGCUUUCAUUUUUACACUUGUUACUGUAAACAAGACAAUCUUUAUAUUACCUGAAAUCGCAGUGUUCUUAAUGUAAUAUUUCUCCAAUCAUGAGUAUUUUUAAAGCCAAGAGAAAUUAAACAGAACGUUACUUAAGAGUGUCAAAGUAAACAUUUAUCUGUUUCUUUUCAUGCUUCCCAGGACAGCUAGACAAAAUACUUUUUGUGCCAAGCCAUUCAGUUACUCAUCGCCAAUUUUUGUCAUUCUUACAGACCCCUUUCAGCAUUUUAUGGAAUGACAAUGGUCAUUAUACAUACGAGUUUUCUGUGAAUGUCUUCUGGAAUAUUGCACUUUUAAUGGAACUUACAAAAAUGCUUUUUGCCAUUGGUUUACUUUGCAUGUUUUAUGGAUGUACUUGAGUUUACAGAACAUGUUGAAAUACAUACAUGCAUUCCAUUCGUUAUGUAAGGAAUGCCUUUCAUAUACAUAUGAAAUACAUUAUGGUCAGAAGAAAACUAUAGAAAGGUGGAGGACAUAUUGUGUGAUUGACUUUGGGUUUCGUCAGUGUCAAGUAGUAUUUUUAGACCUUUCCUUUUUUAACUUUUGAUUCCAUUUUUGUGUGUUUUCAUUAAACUUUGAAAGUAAAAUUUGUGUCCAC